GUCAGUUUGGUGACGGUGGGUUUGAGUGCGUGCUGGCUCGGCUAUAAGUAAGAGGUGCGCACGAGGCGACGAGGUUAGUCGCCGUUCGGUAUCGCGUCGCCAGCGGUGUUACCUCCCCGACCGCCAGAGUACGCCGGGUCGCGCACGCACGACUCACGCAAAGCGCGCUCCCUGUUGCUAAACAACGUCAACAUGGAUUCCAAAAUAGCUAUAUGUUUACUUUUCUGUAUCUUCUAUACGGUCUGUGGGGAGGUAGAUAUUAUUACAGAACCACGACCUGGAGAAGAGUAUGUCUUGGUGAGUUCAGGCCAUCAGACUCCUUUGAGAAACUUCGAAACUUCUCACAAAAUACCCGAAAAACACCCAAAUCAUAGAUUCUCGAAACCAGAAGAUGGAGAAAUAAAAAUAUUUAAAAAGUUAAAUAGUAGCAAGUUAAAACAUCCAGUGGAAGGAAUUAUAUCCAUCGAAGAAGAUAAAAAGGCUUUAUUGAAAAAAGGACAAAAAAUUAAGGCUUCAGAGUCCAUAGAGGUCGAUAUUCCUACAUCAAAGUUGGAAGACUUUAAAAUAAAGGAAAAUCUAAAAAGCAAGGACAUUAAUCCUAAAAUGGCAGUUGCUUUAGAAGCUAUGUCAGAAUCGGGAAAGUUAAAGAAUAAGGAUGGCAUAACCACACAAAAACCCAUAUUAACAACAUCAGCUCAAGGUUCAACGAAAGCGUACGAUUAUAUUCCUGUAAAUUUUGAUAGUAUUGACGAUAUAAAUAGUGGUUUAUUGUCUUCAAAUGUUAAAUUGGAAACAGCUGGUUCCGAACAAAAACAGCACUCGAGAAUUCAAGUGAAAAAGGGACCAAAUGGACAAGAUUAUGAAUAUGAGUAUAUAUAUUAUUAUUACGAUGAAGAAGAGGAAGCUAAAAAAGAAAGCAAAGAAAAGCCUGUAAGUACUACUACAAUGUCAACUACAACAACCACAACAACAUCAGCGCCAGUUUCUAAUUUGAACGAUGCCUAUGAAAAACAAGAUCACGAAAAUAAAAUAUUUAGGGAGUCUAAGUCCAGAGCAAAAUAUACUACCCUAGACAGAUCUAGUGCCACCACGGCGGCUACUCCAGAAGUGCAUAAUGAAAUACUACCAACUGUUGGAAGAACCCGUGGCAGAGGUCGUAAUAUUGCCCCAGCGCCAGUCGAAGAAGAAUCACAAGAAGAAAGGCUGCCGUCAAGUACACGUUUUCCUCCUCGUGGACGUAGUUUUACUGCUGCAAGUUCUACUACUUAUGUCCCUGAAGUAAAAUCCGAGUCACGGCGACAACGUGGUCGGUCUCAGGUUGAUACUGUGCCUAAUGUAUCGGUUAGUCCCAAUCGAAGCAGAAUGCGUGCUCAAAUCAGGCGUCCAAGCUCUGAUUUAGUUGACCUUGAUAGUUUUAAAGUUCAUUCCGGAGACAUCCCUUUGGCAUACAAACGACCACCGUCAAGGUAUUCAUCAGAAAGCAAAACCACAACAGAAUUCGUUGAAGCUGUCCCAACUGCUAAAGAGCCUUCGCCUGUUAAAGAAUUACAAUCAGAAAAUCAUAGUCCUUUAAAAAAUGUCAAGUUCGAAGAAAUCGUUGAUGAUUCAAAAUUGCCAUCGGAUUACCAGCAAACCACUGUGUCUGAGCAAGAUACUACUGAAUAUACAACAAUGACAGCUAUGGAAAAAGUGGCGUUAGACUUAUACGCCUACUUGGCUGGAGAGAACUUAAAUAACGAAAUUAGCCCAUCUAAUGACUUGAUACGCCCAGAUGAAAGUACGACGGUUGAUGACGACGGUUGGACAACUGAACAAGUUAGCACUACUGAAGAAGAGACAACCCCAACAACAACUACAACUACUACUACUACCACAACUACUACCACUACAACGACCCCCGAGCCUACCACGACUUCAACCGCUGCUCCUACUCGUGCUUCAAGAUUUAAAGGACGCGCUAGACCUCGUGUAUCUGCUUCAACCAGUGCCGCCACGGAAGCCCCACAAGAAACGUCUACUAGAGUAAGAGGUCGAUUCGGUAAGCCUAAUGGAACUCGAAAGACCACAGCUGCUGUCGUUGAAUCAUCGUCCCCAGUCUCCCCAGUUGAGAAACCAGCGCCGAAGCCGUUCGGUCGUCGUGGACUGUUUGGAGGUCGCACGCGUCCAAGUUCGACUACCGCCCCACCAAGUGAAGAAGCCAGCAGUGUGGCUAGUGAGGCACCAGUCACCAGAAGCCGUCUACGCCCUGGAUUGAGAAGGUUGCCAUCGACCAGUGCAGCACCAUCAUCCACAGAAGCACCGGAUACUUCAGCUCCUAGUGGUAGUAUUAGUACUGCUGCUGUUGAUGCUGAAACUACACCAAGACCCUCUAGAACCAUCGGUCGCAAACCUGGUUUGAAACCGGUUGCUCUACGUCCAGGCCCUAGACUAGGAAUUAAGCCCAUUUUAAGAGGGAGACCCGGUUCCUCUAGCGUGGCGCCUAUAGAGACCUCUGAGGCCCCAGCAGAAAUACCCGCUUCCGAAGCCCCAGUAACAGAAGCUGAACCAGAGUUGUCAUCACCUGCUCCGGUACAAGAACAACCACGCGGGCUCUUAAAGAAUCGCAACCGUGUACAAGUGCAACCUUCUCCCAAACCAAGAGCAGUGGCAUCACCACUACCACGACGACCUAACCCGCUUCUUAAGAAGAGACUGCCUUCCACAGAGGCUACAACGGAAGCUCCUAAAAAAUCUACUGAAGCCAUCGAAGAGAGCACCAGCGUGGAAAACGGAGAAGCUGAGGAAGAGACUGAAGCCCCCAUACCAGAGACGACAGCGGCCCCACCCCUCAGGGGUCUUGACGCGCUGAUCGCAAGAAGACGUGCAGCCGGCGUUGGAGGCCGUCCUCUUCGUCCCGUUCGACGUGCCGGCGUCCCCAAAUAAUUUUUCUAAACAAUAGUGCCAGAUAUACACUAGUCUGAUGCGACAGCGACAGAACUAUAUCACCUAAUGUUCUUAAUAGUAUGUAUUAAAUAAUAAUACAUAUUGAAUAUAUGAAACCGACAAUCCUCGUCGACUACAACAUAACUCGACAGACUAGUGUAUUUCUACUAUAAUACUCGUACAUUUAUGAUGGCGUUUCUCGUAAAUUCCGAGCAAAGUGAUAUUAUAUACUAUCUGUUCGAGUAAACGUCUAUCAUAAAUGUUAGUCAAAUUAUUCCCCUACUUAGAUGUUACUCUAAUUCUCAGUAUAUCAGUAAUAGUCGUACGAUACCUAUAAAUUGAUAUUAUAUAUUUUAUAUUUAACUGUUUAUGGUGUUCUCAACACUUAAUCUUUUCAAUUUAUAAUUUUCAUUCAUAACCUUAACAUUUGUGUAAUGUACAUAUUAGUAAUAGAUGUUAUUUUUUGUAAGCAUGUAUUCAGGAUUAUCUUCUGGUAGCCUCGUCCAUGGCUUUAGUUAUCUUAUAAACCAAAAUAAUAACAUUCAAAAUCCAUUGUAGGUGGAAAUAUCCUUAUCGCCAAAGUGCCUAGAGAUACCCAUAAGAUAAGCGACGUGGACGCUAUCUUUGUUAAGCCUUCAUAUAGAUAUUCUUAAAUUUG